CCUUUAUAGAUCCCUGGCUCUCCUUCGAGGCCUCAAGGCCUUGGCAGCUUUGGAGGACGAAGACAUGGCCAGGCACCCUGACAACGCACUGAGAUGGGCAACCCUGCUGGUGCUGGCCACCCUGGGCACAGCUGCUGUUGUGACCACCACCAACCCUGGAGUCGUGGCCAGGAUCACCCAGAAAGGCCUGGACUACGCCUGCCAGCAAGGCGUGGCUGUGCUACAGAAGGAGCUGGAGAAGAUCAAGAUCCCCACGUUCUCGGGAAGCUUCAAGGUCAAGCAUCUUGGGAAAGGACAUUACAGUUUCUACAGCAUGGUUAUCCGUGGAUUCCAGCUUCCCAGUUCCCAGAUAAAACUAGUGCCCAAUAAGGGCCUUGAUCUCUCCAUCAGAAAUGCCAACAUCAAGAUCAGUGGAAAAUGGAAGGCACGAAAGAAUUUCAUCAAAACCAGCGGCAAAUUUGACCUGAGUGUGGAGAGCAUCUCUAUUUCAGCUGGUCUGAAUAUGAGCUUCGACCCCACCUCAGGCCACCCCACCGUCAUCUGUUCCAGCUGCAACAACUACAUUGACAGUGUCCGCGUGCACGUCUCAGGCGGCCAUCUGGGGUGGCUGAUCCAACUCUUCCACAAAAAAAUAGAGUCUUCCAUCCGAAAGACCAUGAACAACAAGAUCUGCCAGGUGGUGACCAGUUCCGUGUCCUCCAGGCUGCAGUCUUAUUUAAAGACAUUGCCAGUGACAUACAAAAUAGAUCGUAUUGCUGGGAUCAGUUACUCCCUGGUGGCCCCUCCGACAGCUACAGCAGAUAACCUGGAUGGGCAUCUGAAGGGAGAGUUCUUCAGUCUGGCUCACCCCAGAUCCCCUCCCUUCACCCCACCAGCAAUGGCCUUGCCCCCCGAUCACGACCACAUGGUGUACCUGGGCAUCUCCGACUACUUCUUCAACACAGCAGGGCUUGUGUACCAAGAGGCAGGGGCCUUAAACAUGACCAUCACGGAUGACAUGAUACCAAAGAAAUCCAAAUUCCGACUGACAACUGAUUUUUUGGGGACCCUCAUACCCCAGGUGGCCCAGAUGUUCCCCAACAUGACGGUUCAAUUCAAAGUCUGGGCCUCCUCCCCGCCGCACCUCACCAUGCGCCCCGCCGGCUUCAUCUUCACCCCGACCUUGGAGACCCAGGCCUUUGCCGUCCUCCCGAACUCCUCCUUGGCUCCCCUCUUCGUGCUUGGCCUGAGCACGAACCUUUCCAUGGAGGUCAGCGCCAGGCCUGACAGGCUUGUUGGACGGCUCAGUUUGGACAAGCUGCUCCUAGAACUGAAGCACUCGGACAUCGGCUCCUUCUCGGUUGCAGUGCUGCAAGCUAUCAUGAACUAUGUUGUGCCCACUGCUGUGCUUCCCAAGGUUAACGAGCGGCUGCAGGAAGGCUUCCCGCUCCCCAUGCCUGAAAACGUGCAGCUCUUCAACCUGGUGCUUCAGACCCACCAGGACUUCCUGCUGUUUGGUGCAGAUGUUCACUACAGCGGCUGAAGUCCCGAAUUCAGCGUCGGUGCCGGGGGGCUGUCGGCCCGGCCAGGAGGUGCGGGGCUGGUGGCUCUGGCUCCUGACUCACCCAUGGGGCACAGGCUGCCUUUCUCCAACCCUUGAACCAGACACCCUUGCAAAUGUCUGGGAACUCAGAUUUGGAAAUGAUCUAAAUACAGAAACUUUGUUCCUUGACAAAGUGUGGGGUGUGUGUACUUUAGGGAUUCUGAGUUUCCUUCAAGCCCGAAGUCUGCACAGAGAUUUCCUCCAAGAGUGGCUUUCCACUUUUACCUCAAUAUUUCUUUUGUGCUUCGCCACCCACCCACCCCGGCAAAAAAAAAAAAAACAAAA